AUGACGGGCCUGAAGAAUUGUUUAACGCUGCUGUUGGUACUCGGUUUACAACUCAAUUCCAUUCAAUCAAGACCGGUACCCGGUGGUCUCAAGGAUAUUUUGAACUCCUUUGGCAAAUGGAUGCAGAAAUCGCAGACAAAUGCACCGACAGAGAAUGGGCUGACAACCGAGUCAACACGAAAAGAGACCGCGACCGAUGAAUCGGUUGGCCGUGCGAAGGAGUCGUGCAGAAAAUGGAGGUUCGCAACAACACCGGUUACCACCACCGUUUCCUCGUCAGUAACCACACAUAAUUUCGCGCCGGUAGAAUCUGGUUCUCAACGGGAUAAACACGAACACACAACCAAUGUACCGGAACCCUACUCAACUACUGGGUUAACUGACACCACGCUUAUCUCAUACGACAAUUCCACUGAUACGGAUGAGAGGACGACGGAUGCUACUGAAGUAGUUACUCCCGCUGCAGAGUCAAAUCCCUGUUCUGAGCAUUUGAACUCCACCGUCCAUGACGUGGGCCCUGGUCUCUUUGAGUUACUGCUUCGAUUGUGUAAGGUUGUCAGCACCCAGAUACAUCAGUCAGCAUACAGAUUGAAACAGCUCGUGUUUGGUUUUGGUGGGGAACGCGGAAUGCGGGUGGAGUUAACACAGUUGAAUUGAUACUGCCUAAUGCUAUGUAAUGAUUAAUGUCUAGCGAUCGCAAUAUAACUGCUUCGUUUUCGGCUGC